AAGCCCUGGGUGCUACAUGCUGUAUAUGUCUACUCCUGAGUUCCCCACAUAGACCUUUAGAAAAAAACAUGUGGUCACGAAAUCUUUUAAUUGCUUCUGUAGUUGUCUUUUUGGCAACAACAAUUUCAACUGCUCCUGUGGAAGAGAAAGAGCCGGAGGAGAUAGAGGUAGAGGACGGUGAAGAGGAACUCUCAGAAGAGGAGGAGGAUGAUGAUGACUCCAAGAGUCAGGAAAAGAAUAUGGGAAUUGGAGCACAGCAAGCUACCACAGUAUCUAAAGGCCUGGGUUUAAGCGCUCAGCCUGGCACCUCGUUCCAGGGUGAAGCUCCGAAUGGACAUAAACUCAAUGGGGAUAGUGCCAUGCAAGCUGGGCCUGGCCGUAAUGGUGGUGGUGGAGGAGGAGGGGGAGGAGGAGGUGGUGCUGGUGGAGGAGGUGGAGGAGAUUCACAUACUUCACCCUCUGACCCCAGCUCCCAUGAUGCUUCUUUGUCAGGACAUGCAGGUUCCUCUUCAGAUACCAGUAUUGCAGGUCCCAGUUUGGAUCCGAGUCAAGCAGGUGCAGGGGUUCAUGGCAGUUCAGUGUCACACGUGCAAGCCCCAGGAAAAGUGGUUGUCCACCCAGGAACAGGGGUUGUCCACCCAGGAACAGGGGUUGUCCACCCAGGAACAGGGGUUGUCCACUCAGAUACAAUCUCUCACGGCUCAAUGGGACAAGCAGGAGGGAGCUCCACUCUCAUCAUUAUCCACGAGACUCAUCCACAGCCUGCAGCAAGUGAGACUGAAAUAGAGUCGCCUGAGUAUGACACACCUGAGUCACCUGAGUUUAAUGGUAAUGGUCACAAGCUGCUGAUUGGAGGAGCAGUAGCUAUACCUGUAGUCACUGACCUCUUCAUCGAGGACACAACUCACAUGGAUCCCACAGGUGCUAUGGAUCCACUUGGUGCAAGUUCUCACCUGGACAAUACAGGUGAGUGUCCAGGUAUUAUCGACCAAUCCAGCCAUGACUUCCUCAUUGGUUUAAUGGGUGGUGUGGGAGAUCCGUAUGCUUCUGACAUCCAUAUCGACAUCUCAGAUCACACUGGAAUGACUUCUCAAUUAGACUCAAUAGCUGUGGGUUCGGGUCCAGAACCGGCGUUGUCGUCCAGUAGCAGCCCGGGUCCAGACGUUCCACCAGAUCACAUAGGGCUAAUAAGUGAUUUUACAGGCCUUACUGACUACUCAGGACAUGACCAUCCAUAUCUGAGCUCAGGUUUCCAUGGAUCAUACCACUCAGCAGGUGAUCAUGCUGGUCUAUCCGAUACCACAGACCACCCAGUAGCAGUGAUGUCACAUACGGAUUAUUCAUCAUCGCACGUUGACCACCCAGGGAAUGGUCGUCAAAGCCAGGUUACAGACACACAUGGAGGUGAUCAUGCGGUCAAUGAUGUGCAUCAUGAUGUAACAGAUCCAUCUGGGCAGCAGAUUGUGUCUACAGACGUAGGCCUACUAGAUGCUGGUGAGCACAGCGUCGUCUCUCAUCACGACGACAUGGGAGCUAUAACAGACGGGGUCGCUGUUCAGCAUCAUGAUGAUGUUCACACCGUCAGCCCUCAAGCAGAUACCACAGGUGCGGCAGAAGAACUUGUAACCAGCUCACAUACACAGAUAGAUAUCACUGCCCUUGGGGCGAACGUGUACAGCUCCAGCGCACCAGGGACGCCCGAUUCUGUGCUUGGAUUUGGACAUGACACUACAGUUGUUGCAGAUGCACACAGUGUCUUCAUUCAGACCAAUUCCCCAGUCACAGCUGAUGCACAAGGAUCCACUCUACAGGCUUCCAGUCAUCCUGGUGUAACAGAACAGACACAGCAUGCUGUUUCCGCAGCUGAACAGUACAACCCAUCUGGUCAGGGUCCUGAAGGUGCAGAAAAUGUGGAACUGGAGGAUACCUGCUGACUUCCAUAUGAAGCCUCGUGUCAAGUUUCUACGCUACAGAUUUCAGUGUACGGACCAGUCUGCAUGGCAGAGAAACAGUGAUCCAGCCCACUAGCAAAUCUAGUUGUUUGUGUCUAUGUUUGUUUGUUUGAACUUUGUCUAUUUAAACUUAAAGAUGACACUGUAAGUAAACUUUUUGCGCACUUGUUAA